AUGGCUACUCAAAAGCUUAUCUCAGUUUUGUUUCUUCAACUCCUGCUUGUUCUGUUGGCCUCAGACUUCAGCAAUGGGCAGAAGUUGAAAGUUGGGUUUUACCACAAAACAUGCCCAAACAUAGAGGCUAUUGUGGCAAAAACUACUCAGCAAUACAUAUCUCGGGCACCAACUCUUGCUGCUCCUUUGUUAAGGAUGCAUUUUCAUGAUUGUUUUGUUAGGGGAUGUGAUGGCUCUGUGCUGUUGAAUUCCACCUCGAGCAAUAGCGCUGAGAAAGAUGCAUUCCCCAACCAAAGCUUAAGAGGGUUCCAUGUCAUAGAUGCUGUGAAAUCUGCAGUAGAAAAGAAGUGUCCUGGUGUUGUUUCUUGUGCUGAUAUCUUGGCAUUGGUAGCUCGCGACGCAGUAAGAAUGCUUCAUGGAUCAUUUUGGGAGGUUCCCACAGGACGUAGAGAUGGAAGAGUGUCAGUAAACUCACAGGCCUUAAGAGGGUUACCAGCUCCUUCUGCAAACAUAACACAGCUCAAAGCAACAUUUGCUUCAAAGGGUCUGAGUGUUAAAGACCUAGUGGUUCUAUCAGGAGGACACACCAUCGGAACAUCUCACUGCGGCCCCUUUUCGAGUCGCUUGUACAAUUUCACAGGUAAAGGAGACACAGACCCGAAAUUGGACAAAAACUACAUAGCUCAGCUGAAGAUAAAAUGUAAGCCGGGGGACACCAAAACCCUGGUUGAAAUGGACCCUGGAAGCUUCAAAUCAUUUGAUGAAGAUUACUACACUCUUGUCACCAAAAGAAGAGGACUUUUCCAAUCUGAUUCAGCUCUUCUUGAUGACCCUGAGACAAGAGCCUAUGUGAUACAGCAAGCUACCUCUCAUGGAGCCACCUUCCUAAAAGACUUUGGUGCCUCAAUGGUAAAUAUGGGAAACAUUGGGGUCCUCACAGGCAACUCAGGUGAAAUAAGGAAGCAAUGCGCUUUUGUUAAUUGA